AUGUUAAGGAAAAACUACACGGAGGUGACUGAAUUUAUUCUCCUGGGACUGACAGACAGAGCUGAGCUGCAGCCUGUCCUCUUUGUGGUAUUCCUGGUGAUUUACGGUAUCACCAUGAUUGGCAAUAUGACCAUGAUAUUUGUAAUAAGAAGUGACUCAAAAUUGCACACGCCAAUGUACUUUUUCCUCAGUCACCUCUCCUUUGUAGAUCUCUGUUACGCCACUAAUGUCACUCCACAGAUGCUGGUGAAUUUCUUAUCAAAGAGAAAAACUAUUUCUUUUAUUGGUUGCUUUAUACAAUUCCACUUUUUCAUUGCCCUGGUGAUCACAGAUUAUUAUAUGCUUACAGUGAUGGCUUAUGACCGCUACAUGGCCAUCUGCAAACCCUUGUUAUAUGGCAGCAAAAUGUCCAAGUGUGUCUGCACUUCUCUGGUCGCUGCUUCUUACAUCUAUGGCUUUGCAAAUGGCUUGGCACAGACCAUAUUGAUGCUGCGUCUGACCUUCUGUGGACCCAAUGAGAUCAACCACUUCUACUGUGCAGACCCACCACUCUUAGUCCUCGCCUGCUCAGAUACCUAUGUCAAAGAGACGGCCAUGUUUGUGGUGGCUGGAUCUAACCUCACCUGCUCUCUCACCAUUAUCCUCAUCUCCUAUGUUUUCAUCUUUGCUGCCAUCCUGAGAAUCCGUUCUGCUGAAGGGAGGCGCAAAGCCUUCUCCACCUGUGGGUCCCAUCUUACAGCUGUCACGGUCUUUUAUGGGACUCUGUUCUGCAUGUAUCUGAGGCCCCCUUCUGAGGCCUCUGUAGAACAGGGGAAAAUUGUUGCUGUGUUUUACAUCUUUGUGAGUCCUAUGUUGAAUCCUUUGAUCUAUAGCCUGAGGAACAGAGAUGUCAAAGCAGCAAUCAGGAGAAUUAUCCAACAGAAAUUAUUUGCUAAGUAA